CACACGCUGACGUAAUCAAACAGAUAUUUGGGUUGGUUUGAGGUUCGAGCACCAAGCUAAUUAAUUAUUUGACAUGAGUUUUCAAACAAUCGUCCCAGAUAUGAACACCGAAAAUGCAAAUGAUCAGAAUAAGUAGCUAGCUAUUAAUGCUACAUGCACAGGAUUUGCUCUCGUAACGACGAACAGCCUUUAGUUCUGUAUGGAACUGCAGAAUGUGCCUUACACACACCAGUCACCAUGAGGUUACCAAAGUUGGCCAGUGUUUUUGUCUUCUUGGGCUGCCUGGCAGCUUACCUGAUGCUUGUUAAGCGCCACUAUGAUGGUGUAAGGCCAGCCAUCUCCAAAAUACCACCUCACUUCCACCCCAGAUUGGGCUUGUCGAGCAGUCCCAACAGACCAACCUCCUCAGAAGUGGUCAGCAGACGUUUCCAGUAUGGCGUUAUGUUUGAUGCUGGGAGCACAGGGACAAGGAUCCAUGUCUUCAAGUUUCAACUGGAGGACAACGAGGCUCCUAAAUUGGCACAUGAAACAUUCAGAGCAAUAAAACCAGGUCUAUCUGCAUAUGCUGAUGACCCAGAAAAGUGUAAAGAAGGGAUCCUGGAGCUGUUGGCAGUGGCCCAAGGCAGCAUUCCCUCAUCUGUAUGGAGCAGCACUCCUCUGGUCCUCAAAGCCACUGCAGGCCUCCGUCUUCUGCCUGGGGAGAAGGCCACACACCUACUGGACAGGGUGAGGGAGGUGUUUGGGGAGUCUCCUUUCCUGUCCAGAGGGGACAGUGUGUCCAUAAUGGAUGGCACUGAUGAAGGGAUCUCUGCUUGGAUCACUGUCAACUUCCUCAUAGGGGGUCUCCACGGCACUGACACACCCACUGUGGGGAUGCUGGAUUUGGGAGGGGGGUCCACCCAGAUCACCUUCUCCCCCCAGGAUGAGAAGACCAUCCAGACCUCACCCAUCAACUACAUUACAUCAUUUCAGAUGUUCAACAGCACCCACACACUCUACUCACACAGCUACCUUGGUCUAGGCUUGAUGUCGGCAAGACUAGCUGUCUUGGGAGGAAUCGAGGGACAGCCUUUAGAGGAUAUCAGCACAGAGCUAGUAAGCCCCUGCUUGGCCCCGGAAUACUCUGGCCAAUGGGAGCAUGCAGAAGUUCUGUAUACUGUGAAGGGCCAAAAGGCAGGAGAGCCCAUUUAUGAGUCAUGCCUUAGGAAAGUGGAGAAGAUGCUGUAUAGGAAGGUGAAGAAGGCAGGGGAAGCCAAAGAUAUGGAAUUCUAUGCCUUUUCAUACUACUAUGACAGAGCUGUGGAUCUGGGAGCUAUUGAUGAGAAAACAGGAGGGACUAUAAAAGUCAGCGAUUACAUUGAUGCUGCCAAGAGAGUGUGCAACGGAAUGGCGGUUACUCCAGGAGAGAAUCCUUUCCUUUGUCUGGAUCUAACCUACAUCUCUGGGAUGCUGCAAGAGCUUGGUUUUCCCAAAGAUAAAGUAUUUAAGCUGGCAAGGAAGAUUGAUGAAGUGGAGACUAGCUGGGCUCUGGGGGCUACUUUCCACUACAUCGAGUCCAUCCGCAGUCAGUGAGCUGCCAGUCUCUCCUUUCACUCACCACUGCUAUGACGUGCCAGUGAUUCUGUGCUGCUUUGGGAAAAUGUCCCCAGUGAUUGUACUUGUUCUUCAAAGUUUUAUCAAAAUGUGAGUUUAUAUUACCAGUCGCCUUUGGAUGUUUUACUUUUAUCUUUUGGCAGGUGUGAUUGUUUUGUACUUAUAAAGGAAUGUUACACAUGGUACUGGUGUAGUUUGAAGGAGCAUGACCGAUUACAUAUUUGGUAUUUUUAAAUGUCAAAUUGCUAAAAUGUUAUUGUCUGUACAAUUGUAUACAGUUCAGAAUCAAGAACUGGUGUAUUGAAGGCAUAUGUAUUUUGAAUGAUAAAACAAAUUGAAACAA